UGUAGCGGAAGAAGUCAGAAGUCAAAGCUCAAAUCAGGGACCCAAACAACAUGUACUGACUCCAUAUCGCCUCCAGUUGACUGAUAAGGUCCCAUGAAACGAUAGGAAUUUAUUGGACAGACUGUCAGGAUGGCAGAUAGUGUUUUAAUGGAGGCGUGUGUGGACUCCGUGGAGUCUGCUGUCAAUGCUGAACGAGGAGGUGCAGGUCGGCUUGAGCUGUGUUCUAGUCUUCUGGAGGGAGGACUCACUCCCAGUCAAGGUCUGCUGCAAGUAGUGAAGCAGUACGUCAAAAUCCCAGUCUAUGUGAUGAUACGGCCUCGUGGGGGGGACUUCCUGUACUCUGACCAGGAAGUGGAGGUGAUGAGGAAGGACAUAGAGCUGAUGAAGAAGAACAAGGCGGACGGCCUUGUGCUGGGAGCCCUGACAGAGGAUGGACGGGUGGACGCGGAGCUCUGUAUGGAGUUUCUGGUUGCUGCUCAACCUUUGCCUGUCACCUUCCACCGAGCUUUUGACAUGGUUCAUGAUCCAGCGGUUGCUCUUGAGACUCUGGUAUCAUUAGGGUUCCAGCGUCUUUUGACAAGUGGCUGUGACAACUCUGCCCUGGAGGGACUACCUGUCAUUAAACGGCUCAUUGAUCAGGCUAAAGGGAGAAUUGCUAUAAUGCCAGGAGGGGGUAUCAAUGAGAGGAACCUGCCGAGGAUUUUAGAGGGCUCAGGUGCUCAAGAGUUUCACUGCUCAGCCCGCUCCAGUAGGGACUCUGCCAUGAAGUUCAGGAACACCUGUGUGACGAUGGGAGCUGCUUUCUCAGCACCAGAGUACGGUCUGAAGGUGGCAGAUGUGAGCAAGGUCCGCACUCUUAAUGCAAUAGCCAAAAAUACCUUGUGAAUGGGGACUGGACAAUCAUGACAGAUAACAAAACAGAUACCUCAAAAGUGAUUAUUAGUAAUUAUACUGAUAUGGCAACGUUCAUUUUCACUAAAGCCCAGAAUGACUACACAUUCAGAACUUUUUCUCCUUUUUAUUUCAAACUCUGAUCAAACAGUCCUUGUAAAGUUAGAGCUCAGGGAAAGCCCCACAGCCUUAUGGGAUAUGCAGUCAAAGUAUCGUGCAGAGUGAUGAAUUAUUGACAUCUAUUAUCGUACACCUGUAUGUUGUAACAUAUUGCAACAUUUACAAUUAUUGUGUUUUUAAAACAAAGGAACGAGACUGAUCAGUGCUGCUGUUGUGCUGUUUUUAGAACGGUAUGUUUUCAAGUUGCCAUGUAGGUCCAGCACUCCCUAUUCUGUUUAAAAUAAUGCAAAGUUGUGACCUACUGUACUUGAUUUUUUGUUUCAAGGACAAAAACAUUGUGAGUUUGUUCAGAAUUCAAUUAAAGUCCCAAAUAAUUGAACAAUUCAGUUCACUUACAUUUAUUGCCAAUGUUAUCAAAUGUCUCCUGUAAUUUAAACCAGUCUCUUAUUAAUUGUAGAAAUAUGCCAUACUAAUGCAGAAUCAUGCUUCAAUCAGACUAAUUUUAUUUAUUGUUCAUGAGCUUCAAGAGGAUGGAGAGUCAUGGCACUAUCUUCAUGUUCACUAAUAUCUAUCCAGGCUGUACUGACCAAAUCUGAAAGAGUCAGUGAACCUGUGAUGUCAUUCAACAAUGGGUCGGAUCAAUUGGACACUCAAUAGGGCACUGACAUGGCGGAGACAUAAUAUGAUGACAUUUUAUGAUAAACAAUUUUAUACCAUAAUUUUAAAUCUCAUUUGGAUAUAAAAACAGUUUUUUACAAUUAUUUUACGUCACAAAUGUCAAUUCGCCUUGUUAAUCUUUGUUAAAAAAAUGUAAAUAAACUCCUUUCAUUUCAA